AUGGAUUCCGCCUACGACCACAUCCAGGAGGAGAGCUACCCCACCAAGCAGUCCACAGACGGAGACAGCACCCACAACGAGACGGCCAACAACUUCAACGCCGAGUUCCAGGAUGCAUACAAGGCCAUAUCAAGCAGUCCAUGGGCGGCGAGGCUAGGAGGCUUCUUGGGCAACGUGAAGAAGCAGGGUGAGCAGUACUAUGAUAAUGCGAGCAAGCAGUAUGCACCCUUGACCAAGAACGCGACAGCGAGUGUCUCCAACAUUAUCAGCCAUGCCCGAAAGAUUUCCCUUCAGCCCAGCGAAUCGUCGGCCUCCAAAUCCGUCUCUUCCGGGCAAGAUGACCCUGCAGAAAAGGCAAAGGAAGACAAGACAAAGGAAGAGAUAGAAGCACACCCAGAUCGCCCCGAGUCUCUAGUUGCAGAUGUUGUCAAGGAGGCAGAGGGAAUGUUGGCAAUCUUCAGGUCUGAAGCUGCGAAGCGUCUCAAGGAUGUCGAGAAGGCAGAAGAUGCGGCUGACGAAGCCCUCCUCAAGUUUGGCACCAAUAUCCGCAACUUUCUCCGCGACGCUGUUACUAUUGCGCCGCCCGAGUCUGGCUCGGAAGCUGCCAAGAACGGCGAUGUUCUAUUCGAGUCCAAGGACAGCAGCGGAAAGAAGGUCGUCCACGCUACGCGCUUUGAUGCCCAACUCCACGUGAUCCACUCGACUCUCGACUCUUUCCUCAAAGACCCCGCCAGCCCGGAGUGGGAGAAGUGGAAAGCCUCGUUCGACGCGGAAACCAAGACGGAUGCUAUUGCCAAGGAUUUGGAGAAGCACGAAGAGUUGAGGAGUGCCAUGGAGAAGUGCGUCCCAGAGAGGGUAGAAUACAAGGUUUUUUGGUGCAGGUACUACUUCCUACGCCACGUCAUCGAGAGCGAAGAACAAAGGAGGAGAGAGAUGCUCAAGGCUUCCACAUCCGCUCCUGACGAAGAGAUCGCAUGGGACGAGGACUCCGAGGAAGAAGAGGACGAUGACGAGGAUGAAGAUGAGGACGAGGAGGAAUCUGAAGAAGACUCGGAUGACGAUGAUGAAGAUGAGGACUCAGACGACAACGCAACUGUGGCUGCCACCUCCAAACCCACAGCAACUACACCCAAGCCCGCUUCCAAGGACCUUGCCGCCUCAGUUAACACUCUCAAGCCCGCGAGCGAAUCCAAAGCACAAGCUGCCCAACCGCGCCGCUCCAACGACGAGAAGAGCGUGGCUGACAGCGAUGCUAGUUACGAUCUUGUCAGCGGAGCAACAAGCCGCGCACCAGGAAGCCCCCAGAACGACAAGAAGAAGGCGGUUGCCGAGGAAAGCGACGAGGAGGAUUGGGAGUAA